AUGACUGGACGCGGCAAAGGUGGCAAAGGUCUCGGCAAAGGCGGUGCCAAGAGACAUCGCAAGAUCUUGCGCGACAACAUCCAAGGUAUCACCAAGCCUGCCAUCCGACGUCUCGCUCGUCGUGGCGGUGUCAAGCGUAUCUCGGCCAUGAUCUACGAAGAGACCCGUGGUGUCCUCAAGUCGUUCCUCGAAUCCGUCAUCCGUGACGCUGUCACCUACACCGAACACGCGAAGAGAAAGACUGUCACCUCCCUUGAUGUUGUAUAUGCAUUGAAACGACAAGGCAGAACGCUCUACGGUUUCGGUGGUUGA